AUGGCGGGCCGUGAUAGUGAUGCUGAUCACGGAGAACAGCAGCCGCUGCUUCAGAGCUCUCCAAGUCCUUUGUCCUCAGGACCAGACGAUAACAAAUAUGACACCAGAGCGACGCUGAGCGAAACAGAAAACGCCGCUGGCGAUGUUCAUCCGUCUCGGGCCAUCGAAGAUGAUGUGCUACCGGAGACAUCUACUCUCGGCCGAACAUUAAGCUGGCAAAGCGCCUACAUCAUUGUAAUAUCCAGAGUCAUCGGCAGCGGCAUAUUCGCGACGCCUGGAGCCAUCCUUCAGUCGGUAGGCAGUCCUGGCCUGGCACUACUGUUAUGGAUUGUCGGUACAUUUGUUGCAGCCGCCGGUCUGGCCGUGUCACUCGAGUACGGCUGCAUGCUGCCGCGAUCCGGAGGCGUCAAAGUCUAUCUCGAGUUUACAUAUAGGCAUCCGCGACUUUUUGCUACGACGCAAGUCGCCAUCAAUGCCAUUUUCCUGGGAUUCACGGCUAGCAACUGCGUCAUCUUUAGUCGUUAUGUGCUCUUUGCAUUUGGCGUGGAAAAUGCGAGCGCCUUUGUUGGUAAAGGGUUGGCCGUUCUCCUCCUCGUCGCAGUGACGGUCAUCCACGCCGUGACUCCAAAAGCAGGCAUCAAGAUACAGGACUUCCUUGGCUGGAUCAAGGUCGGGAUUAUCGUCUUCAUGAUUUUUGCUGGUCUCUACGUUGUGGUGUUCCAGCCAACGCUGGAUAUCUCGGUACAGCAAAAGAAUCCAUUAUCAUGGGACCAUCUAUGGGAUAACAGUGUUUGGAACUGGGGCGUCAUGUCAACGUCGCUAUUCAAAGUGUUUUACGCAUACGCAGGACUGGAUAAUGUGAGCAACGUGCUGAAUGAGGUUAAGGAUCCCGUGCGGACUCUGCGUUCUGUAACGCUGACUGCCUUGGUCACUUCUUGUGCCAUGUAUACCCUCAUCAACUUGGCAUACUUUAUCGUUGUCCCCAUUGAUGAAAUCAAGGGGAGCGGCGAGCUCAUUGCAGCUCUCUUUUUCCAGCGCUUAUUUGGCGAGCAAGUGGGUAGAAAGAUCUUGACCCUGGCCGUUGCCCUUUCAGCAGUGGGAAAUGUUUUUGUUGUUGCAUUUGCAAUGGCGCGAUUAAAGCAAGAGAUUGCUCGGCAGGGUUUUCUUCCCUUUUCCGAUAUCUUUGCUUCGACGAAGCCUUUCAACUCACCAUUAGGUGGCCUCAUCGUCAACUUCAUACCUUCAUUCCUUGUCAUUGUGCUACCGCCCACGAACGAGGUAUAUUCCUUCAUCCUCGAAGUGGAGGGUUACCCUGGCCAGGUCUUUACCCUCGCCAUGGGAUUUGGCCUUGUGUGGCUACGAUAUAAACGACCGGACCUCAAGAGGCCCUAUAAAGCAUGGUUACCUGCUGUUAUACUACGAAUCAUUCUGAGCAUUGCGUUGCUUGCUGCCCCGUUCUUCCCUCCCAAAGAGAAGCCCUCUGGAGGACUUUGGUAUGCAACUUAUGCAGUGGUAGGGAUGGGCACGAUCGUGGGUGGCGUCCUAUAUUGGUAUGUCUGGACUAUUCUUCUGCCAAAGUGGGGAGGUUACAAGUUGGAAGAGAAGAGCGAAGUGCUUGAUGACGGAACAUCUAUUACAAAGCUCGUGCAUAGCUACGAAUGA